ACUAUUUAAUAAACUCGAGUGGAUUUCGUUAUAUCUAUCAUAACAAUAUUACAUGUGUGUGUGCUACAGUUCUCUCCUGCGUGAGCGUCAUAUGCAACUUAAUCUUAAUUGUGCUUGCGUGUUAACGACAAGAAUAUAUGUACAUUUUUUUUUUGCAAUCUUGAGUUAUUAAAAAAAAUUAACGAUAGGAAGAUUUUAAAAAAUUAUUGCUAGCUCGAAAAAAAUAAUCAAGAUGCCUCCGUUUCCAUUAUGUUCCACAAAGUGUGGAAAAAAUGCCAUUUUAAAGAGGCCAAAAACUGGUGAUACAUUGUGCAAAGAAUGUUUCUUCUUGGCGUUUGAGACUGAGAUUCACGAUACUAUUGUCAAAGGUAAAUUGUUCAAGCCUGGUGACAAAGUUGCUAUUGGAGCAUCUGGUGGAAAGGAUUCCACUGUAUUAGCAUAUGUUUUAAAGACUCUGAAUGAAAGACACGAGUAUGGAUUGGAUCUGUUUCUUUUAUCCAUCGAUGAAGGAAUUACUGGAUAUAGGGAUGAUAGCUUGAAAACCGUGACACAGAACAGAGAUGAUUAUGGUAUACCACUUAAAAUUUUAUCUUACAAAGAAUUAUAUGGAUGGACAAUGGAUUCUAUAGUUGCAGAGAUCGGCCGUAAAAAUAAUUGCACAUUUUGCGGUGUUUUCCGAAGACAGGCACUGGACAGAGGAGCUGCAAUUUUGAAAGUAGAUUGCAUUGCAACAGGUCAUAAUGCAGAUGAUAUUGCUGAAACGGUAUUAAUGAAUAUCUUGAGAGGUGAUAUUGCCCGACUUCAGAGAUGUACAUCUGUAAUCACUGCUGGUGCUGAUUCUAUUAUGCGUUGUAAGCCACUGAAAUAUGCAUACGAAAAAGAGAUUGUCAUGUAUGCAUAUUUUAAAGGUCUAGUAUAUUUCUCCACAGAAUGCAUAUAUGCUCCAAAUGCUUACAGAGGUCACGCACGAGCCUUUCUAAAGGAUUUAGAGAAAAUAAGACCAUCGUCUAUCAUAGACAUAAUACAUUCGGGUGAACAGUUACAAGUGAAAGAUAAUGUAAAAAUGCCAGAAAGAAGAAAUUGUACUCGAUGUGGAUUUGUCUCAAGUCAAGAAAUAUGUAAAGCAUGUGUUUUGUUGGAAGGUUUGAAUAGAGGACUGCCAAAACUCGGCAUUGGCAAAUCUAAUAAAGCUAAAAAGAUAAUGAACUUGCACAUAGAUAAGAAGCAUAUAAAUAAGCAGCAAAAUAUAGAUCUUUAAGAUUUUCCUAAGUAUGUAACACAAUAUGCAAAUAAAAUAUUUCUACAAAAAUAAAUCUUUUACCUAUGUA